AUGAGCCAGUUUCAGAUGCCAGUGCGCGUCCAGCCGGAACCACCGGGACUUCCCAACUUCCCUCAGGGCAAGGUGAUGCCAGGGAGCUUCAGAGGGCCUGGGCUCCCCACUGGGGUGGCAGGGAGCACAGAGCAGCAGCCUGGGGGGUGUGGAGAUGGCCGGAAAAAGCGAAAAAGAUGCGGGAUGUGUGAGCCUUGUCGGAGACUGGAAAACUGCGGGGCAUGUACCAGUUGCACCAAUCGGAGGACCCACCAGAUUUGCAAACUUCGAAAGUGUGAGCUGCUGAAGAAGAAAGCCAGCCUACUUAAGGAGGUGGAGAUAAAGCCGGGGGACGGAGCCGCUGCUGAACCUUGGGGACAAGCCACCGCCGUGGCAACAGGCUUGGAGGGAAGCCCAGUUGAUGGACCCGUCCCAGGCCGGAUGGACCCAGGGCCGGUGUACCAUGGGGAGGAACGGCGGCUGAACACUCCUAGGGCCCCGGUCAAUGGGGCCGGAGAACCGGCUGGGCCAGGACUGCUGGGGGUUGGAGGAGUAUGGCAGGUCGACCAGAAGCCUGAUUGGGAACCUUCCCCCAGCCCUGCUCAUGCUGCCCACCCAGAAGAUGCCCAUGACCUUGUGGCCUUCUCAGCAGUGGCUGAAGCUGUUUCCUCCUAUGGGGCCCUUAGUACUCGCCUCUAUGAGACCUUCAAUCGGGAGAUGAGCCGAGAGGGUGGCGGCAACCUCAAUGGCCCUCGACCUGGCCCUGAGAGCUAUUCUGCAGGGGGAGAAGACCUGGAUACCCUUCAGACAGCCCUGGCACUGGCCCGCCAUGGUAUGAAGCCACCCAACUGCAACUGUGAUGGGCCUGAGUGUCCUGACUACCUCGAGUGGCUGGAGGGAAAGAUCAAAUCUGUGGCUGUUGGGGGAGGGGAGGACCGGCCUCGACCACCAGAGUCUUUGCCUCCAAGUGAAGUGGGCCUCCCUGCUCCAGCCCUGGGCCCUGGGCCCCUUCUCAGCCCUGACGCUCCCCAGCUGCACUCACCCAAUGGUCUGCCACUUUCAGAGAGUGCCCUAAACAUCGCCAAGGAGAAAAACAUCAGCCUGCAGACAGCCAUCGCCAUAGAAGCCCUCACCCAGCUCUCCUCCACCCUGCCUCAGCCAUCCCCCUGCCCACAGUCCAAGGCCUUAUCCCCAAAUCCUCCGUUUCGACCUCCUCAGUCUUACAUUCGGACCUCCCCAUGGCCUGUGGGCCCACCUGAAGAGCCUCAGUCCUGUGCUCCUGAGAGUUCAGCCUUCCCUCCAGUAGCCCCUCGCACUGAGUAUCCUGAGGUCUGGGGCCCAGACACGUCACCUGUGACACCUUGCACCUCCUGGCCAGUCCCCCGAUCUGGCCCUGACCCAAUGGCCGAGUUGGAACAACUUCUGGGCAGCUCCAAUGACUACAUCCCAUCAUCUUUCAAACGGCCUGAGGCCCUGCCUGCGAAGCCCAAGAUCAAGGUUGAACCCCGAUCCCCCCCUGCCCCUGCUCCCAGUCCCCGGAAAGAGGCACCGACUCCACCUUCAGAUCCUGACACCCACCGAAAGGUCCAGUCAACCCUCCAACAGCACCUGCAUCACAAGCGCAGCCUUUUCCUUGAGCAGAACCAGGGCAGUGCCUGCCCCAGGGCCUCCUCGGUGCCCCCCACCCGGAGCUGGUGGGCCCCUCCAAUUCCUGGGAACCCUCGGCCCUCUGACAAACCAGUCAAGGAAAAGAAGAAGAAACAGCUGCCUGCAGUUGGUGGCCUGGUGGGGGGUGAGAAACGUGCCCUAGGGCUCAAGACGGUCACUCGGAAGAUAGUGCAAAUCAAGAAGCCUAAGGUCCGGGACUCCCACCCUCGAUUCAUGCCUCUACGCCAGAUCAAUCUGGAAGUGUUGAGGAGCCCUGCUCCUGGGGCCCCAAAGGCAGGUGCCACUCCCCCUCUGCCUCCCUGCAGGGGCACCCCCUCCAUGCCCGUAGUCCCAGCCCCUUCCCAUGCAUUAUUUGCACCAGGUCCCUCUGGGGGUAGCCUUUUGCCCCCUACUCAGGAAAUGGCUUGUCCCAGCCUUGCCGCUGCCCUACAGUCUAGCCCCGCUGUCCCUCUGGUCCCUGCUGAUGACAAGCUGGAGGAGCUCUUCCAGCAGUUUGAAGCCGAGUUUGGGGACAACUUUGGCCUUGCAGCUGCACCCCCUGCCCCUGCCUGCUCCCCUGAGCACCUAGCAUCCUGUGUCCUACGCCCUGAGAGCCCCUUUUCUGGACGCUCCCGAAAACAAAUGAAGAUUGAGGCAUCAGGUUCUGUUGCUGUGAUUUCUACCACCUGCCUCGAGGCAGAGGAAGGGGGCCUGGAGACACCCACCAAGCAGGAGCAGACAGCCACUCCCAACCUCCGGGGCUUCCUAGAGUCUCCACUCAAGUACCUGGACACCCCCACCAAGAACCUGCUGGACACCCCCUCCAAGAGAGCUCAGGCUGAGUUCCCCGUCUGUGAGUGUGUUGAGCAAAUAGUGGAGAAAGAUGAAGGUCCAUAUUACACCCACCUGGGGGCUGGGCCCUCUGUGGCAGCCAUCCGAGAGCUGAUGGAGGAUCGCUAUGGAGAGAAGGGGAAAGCGAUCCGAAUUGAAAAGGUUGUUUACACCGGCAAGGAAGGGAAGAGCUCCCGAGGCUGUCCCAUCGCCAAGUGGGUAUACCGACGAUACACUGAGGAAGAGAAGCUGCUUUGCUUGGUUCGCCAUCGCUCUGGGCACCGCUGUGAACAGGCUGUCAUCAUCAUUCUCAUCAUGGUCUGGGAGGGCAUUGGCCCAGAACUGGGCGACACCCUGUACCGGGAGCUGACAGAGACACUUCGCUGCUAUGGGAAUCCCACCACCCGGAGAUGUGGCCUCAAUGAUGACCGAACCUGCGCGUGCCAGGGGAAAGACCCGUCUACCUGUGGUGCCUCCUUCUCCUUUGGGUGCUCUUGGAGUAUGUAUUUCAAUGGCUGCAAAUAUGCCCGAAGCAAAUAUCCUCGAAAGUUUCGCCUCGCAGGGGACAAUCCUGAAGAGGAAGAGAAUCUUCGGAAACACUUUCAGAAUCUGGCCACUCAAGUCGCCCCCCUGUACAAGAAGCUCGCUCCCCAGGCCUAUCAAAAUCAGGUGAACAAUGAAGAAGAAGCAAUAGACUGUCGCUUGGGCCUGAAGCCAGGCCGGCCUUUCUCGGGGGUCACAGCCUGCAUGGACUUCUGUGCUCAUGCCCACAAGGAUCAGCACAACCUGUACAAUGGCUGCACUGUGGUAUGCACACUGACCAAGGAGGACAACCGCUGUGUGGGUCAGAUCCCGGAGGAUGAGCAGCUGCAUGUCCUCCCUCUCUACAAGAUCGCUAACACAGAUGAGUUUGGCAGUGAAGAGAACCAGAAGGCAAAGAUGGCAAGUGGAGCCAUCCAGGUGCUAACUGCUUUCCCCCGUGAGGUCCGCCGGCUACCUGAGCCUGCCAAGUCCUGCCGCCAGCGACAGCUGGAAGCUCGGAAGGCAGCGGCUGAGAAGAAGAAGCUCCAGAAGGAGAAGCUGCUCACUCCAGAGAAGAUCAAGCAAGAAGCUCUAGACAUUCCUGAGCUCACUUCAUUUCCAGGUCUCUCUUUAAAGAAUGGGUUGUCCCAGCAGGCUCUGAAGCCUUCCAUCAAGGUGGAGCCCCCAAAUCACUACAACUCCUUCAAGUACAGUGGUAAUGCGGUAGUGGAGAGCUACUCGGUGCUGGGCAGCUGCCGGCCCUCAGACCCCUACAGCGUGAACAGCGUCUACUCCUGCCACUCCUACUAUGCACAGCCCAACCUGAGCCCCAUCAACGGCUUCCACUCCAAGUUUGCCAUUCCUUCCUUCAGCUAUUACGGCUUCUCUCCCAGCAGCUCUGUCUUCCCCUCACAGUUCCUCAACUACGGUGCCAAUGGCCGAGGCCCCGGCAGCUGGGGAGGCCCCAUUGGGGUUUUCGAUAAGAAGCCGGAUCUCCAGGCCCUGCAGAGCAGCCUGACCCAGGCAUACGGUGGCCCUGAGUUUGCUGAGCUGCCAGGCCAGGCUGUCAGCAGUGACAGCCACCAUACGCCUCACCACCAGCCUGCCUAUCCAGGCCCCAAGGAGUACCUGCUCCCCAAGGGCCACCGGACUCGCCCCACAGCCACAGACCCCUCCCCCUUUGCACAGAGCGGCCCCUGCUUUGGUCAAGUCAUCAAGCAGGAGCCAUGUGAUCGCCUGCCCCAGGCUGAGCCCCUCCCUGGGGUCCCUGGGAACAUGGGCAAGCCCCCUGUUCCUGAGGCCUCCCAGAAUGGGACCAAGGAGCACCUGUGGGGGGGUGCCCACCCAGGCAGCCAGAGUGCUUCUCCAAAGAGGACUAAUGGUGUGAGUGGAACCUGGGGCAUGUUCGCUCCUGGAGAAAGUUCUGUCCUCCCUGACAAACUGGGCUCCUUCGGUGCUAGCUGUCUGCCAGCGGCCCGUCUCCCAGACAGCCAAUGGGGCCUGUUCCCCUCCGAAGGGGGUCAGCCACCCCAGCAGCCACCACUGGGGCCUCCCAAUGGAGCCGGCCUGCUGAGCAAGGCUUGGAGCCCUUGCAAGUUUCGAGAUAGUACUCCCACCUUAAAUGGGCCCAGCCUGGCAGAAAAGCCAUGGGGUGUAGGACCAGACUAUAGCCCUGGUCUCAAAGGAGGUCCAAGCUAUCCAGAAAAGCUCUGGGGGCCUGUGAAAGGGGACGAGGGAAGGACUCCAACCUCCUCAGGGCCCAGCCUACUGGAUAAAGCCUGGCCCUCUUUUGGCAUGACCCUAGGUUCUGGGACCCUGAAGCCUGAGGAAAAGCUGUGGGACUCCUUGAACCUUGGGGAGGUGCCUGCAGAGGGGCCCUCGGACAAGGGGGCAGUGAAGGAAGAGGAGGUAGGUGGCGGUGGGGGUGGCGGUGGUGGCAACAUCAGCAACAACGUGGAGGAGGAAGAUGAGGAAUUGUGGUCUGACAGUGAACACAAUUUCUUAGAUGAAAACAUCGGCGGUGUGGCUGUGGCCCCCACCCAUGGGUCCAUCCUGAUCGAGUGUGCCCGGCGUGAACUGCAUGCCACCACCCCCCUUAAGAAACCCAACCGAUAUCACCCCACCCGGAUUUCACUGGUGUUCUACCAGCACAAGAAUCUCAACCAGCCUAACCAUGGCCUGGCCCUCUGGGAGGCGAAGAUGAAGCAGCUGGCUGAGAGGGCCCGCGCCAGGGAGGAGGCAGCACGGCUGGGCCUGAGCCAUCCAGAAGUCAAGCCCUAUGGGAAGAAGCGCAAGUGGGGGGGGACGGCUGCCCCAGAACCCCAGCAGGAGGAAAAAAAGAACCCAAUCCCCACCCGCCACGUGCCAGCCAUCACCACCGACUCGGUGGUCACCGUCUCCUCUUACGCCUAUACGAAGGUGACCGGGCCCUACAGCCGCUGGAUCUAA